AAUCAAACAAGGUAAAUCAGCGAAUGCGUGUUGUUUUUAAUGUCAUUUCAACUUCGAGUCGUUUGUUGUGGCCUUUUUGGAGUGCUGUCGAGCUGAACUAUAGUCUGAUAUACAGGGUAAUAAGGCCGUCAAGGCGCUAACGGACGGACUGAAGGGUGAUGAAGUGGCGGAGGUGGGCUGAGUUCAGUGUGAAGUCAACACUCCUCUUUUCCUCGUGUGCUCCUCGGUGUCGCUCCUCCUCACAUCUCCGCUCUUACAGCAGCACUGUGAUGGCUGAAGAGGCGAAGAAACUGGCCGCCUACGCUGCUGUGGACAACCACAUCCAGAAUAACCAGGCAGUGGGAGUGGGGAGCGGCUCCACCAUCGUGUAUGCUGUGGACAGACUGGCUGAGAGAAUACGCCAGGAGAAGUUGAACAUUGUGUGCGUUCCUACGUCAUUCCAGGCUCGGCAGCUGAUUCUGCAGCAUGGCCUGUCUCUCUCCGAUUUAGACAGACACCCAGAUCUGGACGUAGCGAUCGAUGGAGCUGAUGAAGUGGAUGAUUCACUCACUCUUAUUAAAGGAGGCGGAGGAUGCUUGACUCAGGAGAAAAUCGUAGCUGGCUGUGCCAAACACUUCGUCGUCAUUGCUGACUUCAGGAAGGAUUCAAAGGCACUGGGGCAGCAGUGGAAGAAAGGUGUGCCAGUGGAAGUGGUUCCUAUGGCGUACGUGCCCGUGUCCAGGGCCAUCACCCGGCGCUUUGGUGGGGAAGCUGUGCUGAGGAUGGCGGUCAGUAAAGCGGGCCCUGUAGUGACCGAUAACAGCAACUUCAUCCUCGACUGGAAGUUUGAACGUGCUCAGAACUGGAAAGAAGUCAACACUGCCAUCAAAAUGAUCCCAGGUGUUGUGGAGACCGGACUGUUUGUGGGAAUGGCUGAGAGAGUUUACUUUGGGAUGGAGGAUGGAAGUGUGAAGGUCAAAGAUGCUCCAACGAACUGAAGAAACAACGCUCUUUUCUGUCCUUGACACCUCAAGUGCCAGUGCAACACGAGCGUGCGUGUACAUGCAUGUGUGCACACAAACAAAAAGCAGUACACCACUAGAACAUUCCCUGUAAUCUCAUGUAGGUGUAUGUUAAAUUAUACACACUUCCAUCAUGUAGGUUUAGAAUUUCUGUACGUUUUGUGAUUAAUCCUGUUACUAUCAGUUUGAGAACAGUUUCACAUUUAGAAUCCUCCUGACCUUCGGACAAGAUGUAGCGCAGCCUUAACAACUCGACAAGUUAAGCAAAGUGUAACUAAAUGACGAUUUUUCAUUGAACAUCUGGGAAAAUGCCUCUCUUGUGUUUCUUACACACUGAUCUCUGUGCCUCAUGUAUCAUUUUAAGUCAUUUUGUCAAAGUUGUUGCCUAUUUUCAACUUUUAUAUAUUUUUUAAAUUCAACCAAAGGAUAACAUUCAUCUGCUAAUAUAAGGUUACAAUGCAAGCCAAUACUAUUUAAUGAAUAUAUACCAAUACACCAACUUGCAUGUAUAUUUGUUCAGUUCGCAGUGGAAUCAUUUUCUGUAAUCUGUUGUGACCUAAAACCUUUUUUUAAAUAAGUUGUUCUCACAUUUGUGUAGCUUGAGUAGUUUACAGUUUGUAGACGCUCGUGUUUCAGGAUGAACCACAUGCCAGUGAACCAAGUUUGGGUUUUGUUUGUCAAAUUUAUAUAAUGUGCCUGUAGACAAAACUAUCAGGGAUUUAGUGUACCAUUUAACUGGCCCACUCCAUCAGGCCUUACCUUCGCACAUACUCAGCCAUGUGUAGUAUUAAAACAGAUGUUCCUUUGAACACUUGGAAUGGGCAUUAUGAAUUUGACAGCGUAGUAUUUUACACACCAGCUUUAUUUUGGAAAUUUUGUUACUAAUAUUACUGUGAUGUUAUGGUUUUGAUGUGUGACCAGAACAAUAAAUUGUUGUUCUCUUGACUGAAUCUAAAUAUAUUAAAAGAGCACUGUUGAAAUAA